UUGUUUAUAGAUCGUGUAAUUAACGAAAUACUACCAUUGCUAGAAGGUCAAAAUAGGCUCAUUACUAUAUGCACCUACAGUUACUGGCCAACAAGCAGAAGAGCAUAUAGAGGAGAAAUACUCACUAAAUCACUUGAAGCAAAAUAUUUUGGCAUCGCAAAUGCCACCACGCUUUUGCGCAAAGAUUCGAUUGGUGGCUACUUGAAAACACGGUCAGAAUAAUAACAUUUGUAAUUACAUCAAUUAGCGCAAAGAAAACAAACAUUGACUCAAAAUAAACAGCAAUUAAUCAAGUUCUCAAUAUUGUUUUGGGACGCGUCAACAUUUGGAAUCCCACCGAGUUUACCGCAGAAUUUGCCCUUUUCAGUGACGACAAAUAAAUUUGUGAAUAUGUGUUCCUAUCUCAACUGGUUUCAGCUUGUGCCAAACAAAUUGUACGCCGUUGGUGCCAGAUCUUCAAGUGCUGUCGAUCGUCGUAGUCGAGGUCAGUUUAUUGUUACGUCGCAGAUCACUGAAAGCAAUGUUUCAAAAAUGUAAAAAUAAAACUAUGCCCAUUGACGAUGCUCUAGUGCUAGUAAAGAAGAACUUUUUGUGCUGUACACCCGUAAAUCAAAUUGAUUGGCACGGACUUUUGGAUGACAUCAGCUGGGAACAUCAGGAAAAACUCCUCAAUUUUACGGUCAACAAUCCGCUAGUUAUUCAAUACCCAGUAAGAAUAGGAUACCAAAUAGCAUUUUUAAAACAUAUUAUUCAUCACCUCAACAAGAUGAAUGUAGAACAGCACGAUCAAGUUUAUGAGAAAUAUUGCUUCUUGCUGGAUAGCCAAUCUGGAAAGAUGGACCAAGCUGGAUUUAGCUUUAAGCAUUACGAAAUACCUGGUAACGACAUGAUCACAUUAAAGGAAUCGAGCGCAUUCAUAUCGGAUGGAACCACCGGACUGUGCAGCUGGCAAGCAUCGAAAGCCAUGUGCGAAUUUAUAAUCAAUAAUUCAGAAGAUUUCCGCGGCAAGAAUAUAUUGGAACUAGGCUCGGGGGUAGGACUCACUGGAAUCUUCAUGGCCAAACAUUGCGAGCCAUCAAUGUUAGUCCUUUCCGAUUGCCACAGCUCUGUCAUCAGUACCUUAAAACACAACGUUGAGCUAAAUUUCCCCAAAGGUGCUAAGGUUGAAUGUGACAACCCGCUGGUUAGCUGUUUGAUCGAUAAUGGGGAUUCCCUGGUGGUCGUAAUGGAUCUCGAUUGGAGCUACAUUAACGAAUCCAAUUUGCACCAACUGAUAGAACCGGAAGUAUUGGUUGGAGCCGAUAUUGUCUAUGAUCACUCUUUGUUUCAACCACUUUUAACGGCAAUCAACUACGUAUUUUCGCUUUCAAAUAAUAGGUGCAAAUUCUUUCUCUCUUGCACCGAGCGAAAUCAAGAUACUCUCAGUGAUUUCCUGGAAUUGCUUGUGAUGGCAAAAUAUCGCAUAAACGAAGAAACAAUAUGUCCUUCGAAGUACUUCCAGUGGGACUCUACAGGAGGCAAGAUAAGAAUUUUUUCAAUCACGAGGGAUUGGAGCUACGAGUGAAUGGACAUAUUGUAAUCGACAUAUACUGCCUAUAAUCGCAAUUCAGUCCCAUGUAGAUAGGGAAUCCCGUAGUACAUGGGACUGACUUGCGAUUAUGGGCAGUACAUACUAUUGUUGAAGUUUUCUCACCUGAUGAUACCUUCCCGUUCCACUAUGCUUUCCUAUGUCAACUUUUGAAAGAUUUAGAUUUCUAAUAUCACAACGUAGCCAGUUUCUCCAACAGUGCUUUCAAAUCAAUGUGCAAAUUUGUAUUAGAAUAAUUGUUUUCUCAAUAAUAAAAGACAUUUAUUAGCUUUA